CCACCAGCCCCACCCUCUUCCCAUGAUGCAUGUUCCAUUGUUCCUCUCCCCCCUCUCUGUGUGUCAUCAUGGACCAGAGCCCUCUGGUGCUACAAAAGAUGGCAUCAUUUUUUGCCUCCCUCUCUUGCUUGUCUGGCUCCUUUCCUUUCUUCUCCUCCCCCAUGCGAGCUGAGAAGUUGGAAGCAAGAGCGCUAGUUAUGUAGAGCAGACAUCACAGCUAAAAAAUAUCUCAACAAAAUUCUCUUUCUCCCCUGAGAUUCCCCCACAAAUCCAGCAAAAGCAACAAGAAUUAUCAAGUUGUUUUUCUUGCUACUUGACUUAUUUUGUGUGCUGCAAACACUCUUUUUUGCAGUUUUUCCUACUACUGGCAAAUCAAAACCAAGAAAUCCAGCUCUUAACAAAUCCAUCGUUGUCGCCCAUUUGGUCCAAUCUGCCAAGUACAAGUUAGAGAGCCAAGAACCACCCUAGCAAGAUCUUGUUCUACUCCAUUUGCACCGCUUCUGUCCCAAUCUUUCCCCCAAGAAGCGGAAGAAGUCUCCAGCCAUGGCGGCGGCGCUGGAGUGCUGGUCGGGCCGACCGAGCACCGAUGAGGAGAUGGUGGAGCAGGUUCUCAUGAAGCCCCACACUCGUUCAGACGGCUCACUCCCCACCUGCGCCGACUCCGCCGGCGCCGGUGAGCCAACUUCGGGUCCGGCGGCGCCCAAGAAGUGGCAGCGGCUGGGGCGCAACUUCGCCGGCGCCAUUGCAGCGUUUAAGAACACGCUCAACCUGGACAACGGUGGUCUCCCCCGCGACCCAUCCCCACGCGCCGGCGGCGAGAAGCCGCCUCUUCUUCUCCGAGGCCUCGCGCAGCUCUACUCCCGUGGCGGCGCUGCCCAGCAGCUGCCCGAGAAGCUCGUUUCUGACCUCCGCCGCCACUUCGACGCUCUUCCCAACAGCUAUGCACAGGCAGGAUUUGACAUGAAAGAUGUCCUCUUGCAUGCCCGUCUUGUAGAGCAGGCGGCCGGUGAGGAUCAGCCUGCAGUGAGCAUUGAGGAAGUCCAUGGCAGAGAAAGUGGUGGUGAAGGCACUGUUUUUCAGCUCACUUUUGCGUGCAAUGCGCCACUUUCAUGGCAGUCAAUGUCACCCUCACUUGAUAGCCCUUUUUUUAGUUGCAAGAAGAUCCAGAUCUUUGAGAAGAGAGGAUUGACACUUGGUGUUGUCAUGAUAAUUGUGCAAUCUGGGAAUGAGGAGCUCUUCAAGACCCGGGUUGAGGCGGCACUAAAAUCGGCGACAAAGAAGCAGCGGAAGAACAGUGGUGGUGGUGUGAAGCUCCCCUUUGGGCUUUGUGGCUGCCAGGAAGAAGGAUCACGCAACUUCGAUGAGGAGUCUGUGUUUGAUCCAGAAGAUGGUCAGGUACUUGACAAUGAGCCUACACGCAAACCACAGCUUCCCACUCCCCUACCACAAUCAUCAGUGUUCGUCUCAGUGGAUGAGUGGCAAACCGUCCGAUCUGGGGGCGAGGAGCUUGGCCGCUGGAUUGUGAGCUCUGAAGAGAUUGAAUUUGUUGAUUGGGUUGGCCAAAAUUCGUUCAAGGGAAUUCACAGAGGAAGGAAGGUUUGGGUCAACAAAUUGAGGGGUUGUGACAUGGGAAGUGCUUAUGAUGUUGAAAUCCGUCAGGACUUGUUGCAGUUGAUGAGCUGUGGCCAGAAGAACAUCCUCCAGUUCCAUGGUAUUUGCUUCAAUGAGAGCCAUGGACUCUGCAUAGUAACUAGGAUGAUGGAAGGAGGUUCAGUUCAUGAUAUCAUCAUGCAGAGAAACAAGAGACUGUCACUCCGAGACACGGUCAGGAUUGCUCUUGAUGUUGCUGAUGGUUUGGCAUUUAUGAACAGCUAUGGCAUUGCCUACCGUGAUCUUAAUGCGCAAAGGAUCCUACUAGACAGGCAAGGAAAUGCCUGCCUUGGGGAUAUGGGCAUUGUUACCCCUUGUAAUAAUGCCGGUGAGGUUACUGAGUAUGAGACGUCUGGGUAUCGCUGGCUAGCACCAGAGAUCAUCGCCGGAGAUCCUGAAAGCGUGUCGGAGACCUGCAUGAGCAACGUCUACAGUUACGGAAUGGUCCUGUGGGAGAUGGUCACGGGCGAGGAAGCAUACUCCACGUACUCGCCGGUGCAAGCAGCGGUGGGGAUCGCGGCCUGCGGACUGAGGCCGGAGAUACCAAGAGACUGCCCUCAGUUCCUGAGGUCGCUGAUGACCCGGUGCUGGGACAAUUGCCCUCUGAAGCGCCCUCAGUUCUCAGAGAUCAUAUCCACCCUGCAAAGGCAGGUCAUCAGAUAGUUUUUUCUUUUCUUUUCAUCACCAUUGUGCUAUAUAUGUUUGCCAUGUGUUUGGCUGCUGAUUGCCAAAUCAUGCAGGAAACUGCAUGUGAGAAAAAGUAUAAUAUAUGUGCAAAGGCUUGAUAUAUAUACAUAUUGCUAGCUGCAUAUCACACUAUCCUGUUGCUUGA